UAUAACCAUCAUCUCAGGUGCCAGCGUGCUGAGGAUGGAUGAUUCGGUAGCCACAGAUCCGAAAAAUGUUGAAGAGGCGAAUAUCGCUAUGGACGCGAUCAUGAAGGAAGUGGUGGAACGCUUGAAGUUCCGCUCAAAAUGUUUGAUAAAUGGACAAGAAAAUAUUCUAACGCUUGCCGAGUAUGAGGCUCUUUUCCAAGAAGACAUGAAGAUCUGCGAAGGUGCGGUUGACGUUCUUCUCACUUUAGCCAAGCAACAGAAAGCUUAUCUCGAAGUUUUGCUUUUAUCGAAAAAAUUGGAAAGACAGCUACCAUUAGUUGCAGAAAAGGCUUUGACGCAGGCUCUGGAACAAAACACAAAAGCAAUAGAGCUCCGGAAAAAAGUUAUCGAAGGCGACUUUUCAUUCUUCAUCGGUAAUGUUGCAAACAAGUUGCCAACUUCUUUGGAAGACGAAUCAUCUUCUUUAUCCACGGCAAAUUUGCCAUGUUCCAUUGCUAAUGCGAAGAAUGACUGUGCUGCAGAACAAACAAGAGUGCUAUCGACAAAUGCUGACAGUAUUGCGUUGGGAACAUUUCGUAUCAGAGAGCGGCCAAAGUUUUCGUCUGAAACUGCUAGAAGAGUGUUGGGUGAGAUCAAUCAAGUGGAGGAGAUCCAUAAGAGCAUCAGAAAACCUUUUGCUAGCGGGAGUUUUGCCAAAACAUCAAUAGAUGUAGGUGACACUUGUCACGACUAUUCUGGGGAUCGACAACUUGGAGAAACAAAACUCAAUGGAAAGCACAUCUCGGCAUCAGGUGGUUGUUCAUUGGAUGGUUCUAUAAUGGACUCGGGUGAACAUAGUAGCGGACAAAAUGGUCUUUGUGCGUAUUCUCCGGUACGUGACAUUCCUCCUCCGCCCAAUUUUGAUGAAAGCGAAUUGGAUUCGUACUAUGGGGAAUGUGACAUACCUUCUGGAAGGAACGCAACCGGAGAUGCGUCAUCAAAAAAGCCUCUUUACUCGAAGGAUUCUAGCAGUUAUCCAUCUUCGAAAGAAGACUCAUCUACGCUAAGCGGGGAUCAUCGAAACGUAAAGAAUCCGACAACAACGGUUGACGACACUGCAUGGAUGUCUUCAUCAUAUGUUCCACGACCUAGACCCAAGUUCAGCUCAUCAGUCGGUCGGAUGUUCAAUCAAGAGUAAGACAAGAUAGCAAGCUGAGUUUUCAGUGAGUUCUAAUAUGUGCUUAUGUGCAAAAGAAGCAACCUAA